AUGCUGCCGCUGAUUCUUACGUCCUUCCUGUCUCCAGAAGACGCGUUGAACCUGUUAGCACACUGCUCUCCUUCAAUCUCACAGGGUGUACGCGAUGCGGUAGCAACUCAAGGUCUGAAAGCCUUUUACGACCGAGAGGAAGUGCAUUUCGGCAAAGGAUGUCUGCGCGACUGGCAUCGCUUAGUGCCGGCAAAGACCGCAGCGGGUCAUCGUGAUCGCUGCGGAUGCAGUCGCAACGGUCUGCCAAACGACCUUCCUCUUCCUCGCCUGCUCAACGCUCGUCAUCAUCUCUUGGAAGCCAUGUGUUUGAUCUACCGAGGCAUCCAGCCUCACUGUUUUCAGGUGCUUCAACUGGAUCGCAACUUCGAGCGCAGACAGUAUGGAGUACUUCAACCUGUCGUGUUCUCUCUCGCUGCGGCGCUUGAAGAUCAGUUGAAUAUUGUGAGGGAGAAUGGACAGUCCCUAGGCCCGAUCAACGUCAAGGAUGUGGCGGAACUCACGCGCUUGAUGGACAGGCUGGAGACGAAUUUUGGCUCGCGUUUCUUCCGCUCAACUGAACGCAGUCCGGCGGGCAUGGUGGAAGCGCAUUGGCAGAAUAUUCACGUCAACUUAGCUACUGACACUGCGUAUUGCCGCUUCUGUGACACGAAUACAGACAGUAUGGUCGAGGGGCCAUUGAACCCGCAGUUUAGAGAGGCAGAGUACGAGUUCUUAAUGCGUCAGCACUGUCGGGAUAUCUAUCAGCCACUCAAAAAGUUCAUGAUGCGGCACCUUCAGCACGUCCGCUACGUGCGUCCUCCCCGUGGAUGGAACGAGGCUGGCGACAACUUCCAGGGCAACGAAUGGCUCGAUCUGAUCGCUGGCUUCACGCCUGGCGGUGUGCUCUGCGGCGUGUACCUGACAGACAUCCGCAUUCCGCGCGCCUGGAUCAACGACCACCUCGCCCCAGGCGCGUAUCCGUUCGACGAGAGCGCAAUCGACCUCACUCUCCUGCGUAUCGCGUACUAG